AGUUGAACAAGAAGCAUUAUUUUGGGCGCUAAGAAAUGUUUUUAAAACUUCUCGUAAAUUUCUUGGUGAUUAUAUUAUUUUGUAAUUUUUUGACCUUGAAUGCCAGUGAUGAAAUUAAGGUUUCCUGUAAAAAUGAGGAAGGAGAAAAUGUAGAUUGGUUUUAUCUCUACAAAUUGCCUGCUCAUUAUUCAACUGAUAAAACUGUGGAUUAUGAUAAAACUGGUUUGCGUUAUAUGUAUUUAACUAAUGCAUCUUAUGAGCAAUGGAAUUUAUCCAGUAAUAGAAUAAAUGAAACUUCUUCUAUGGUAGCUCUGACAUUAGAACCUUUGGUAGCAAAUCCUUUGGUCUUAUUACUGGCUUAUAAUGAUGAAUUUCCCAAUGGCCAAGUUAUUUUCGAUGGUGGCCAUACUAAAGGAGUAAUAGCUACUGAUGGUAAUACUGGCAUUUGGUUAAUACACUCGGUACCCAAAUUUCCCUCGUUACCCAAAUAUGAAUAUCCCUCAACUGGGGCUCAUUAUGGUCAAAGUUUUCUUUGUGUUACCUUUAAUGCUUCGGAAAUGGAAAAAAUAGGUGAACAAUUGUUAUUCAAUGAACCGAAUAUUUAUUAUGAACGUGUGCCGGUUACCUUAAGUGAAAAAUUUCCCCAUUUGGAACAAGCCAUAAGAAAGGAAUGGAUUUCAAUGGAACCUUUUAACAAUAUACUCGAUUUGAAGUCUUUACAGGGUAUUAACUUCAAGUCAUUCGCCAAAACUUCUAAAUACAAUAAAGAACUAUACGAAGACUUUGUAGCUCCCACUUUGGACACAAAUCUUUUGGUGGAAACUUGGCGCAAUGGCAAGGGCAACUUCAAUUCCAAUUGUUCUCUCAAUGAUAAUGUCUAUAAUAUACAAGCUAUAGAAUUCAACAAACACAACAUACAAUUUAAUACUACCCAAGAUCACUCCAAAUGGGCGGUAUCGCAAAGUGUAGGUUUAAAAUUCUGGCGUUGGCGUUUACCUUCCACCUCCAACUGGAUAUGUGUGGGUGAUAUAAAUCGCCAACAACAUCAGCUGCAAAGAGGAGGUGGUGUUUUAUGCCAGCAGCAGAAAAAAUUAGCCAAACUUUAUAAGAAACUAGUGCAGCGCUACGAAUCCUGUUCGUAAUAAAACUCCGUGUAAUUUAGUA